AACUCUCCGAGCUUGUUCAUUUCUGACAACAAAGCCAACAUGUCUCCAACAAGGCCAGCUCAAGUUGCUCGGAAAUCAACCGGCGGUAAAUUCCCCAAGAAGCGGCUCGCCACCCGGACAAAGCCUGGUAAAAAGCCAGCAAGACCACCUCAGGUUGAUGAUCCAGGAAUCUCUGUGAUGGCCCCACCACCCCAACCCGAAACCCAAGCUACUGUUUCGACCGGAGGUGUAGUAUGCCCUGUGAAUCUCAGAGCCCAGCUCUCCCAGCAUUGUGCUUCUGUUGACACUUAUAUUGGCUGGUCCGAAGCAACUAUCCAGAAUUUGAAGAAAGAGCUAGACCUGGCCCUAAAAGAGAAAGACUUGGUCGCGAAGGAGAGAGACUUGGCUUUUAAGGAGAAAGAUUUGACCUUGAAGGAGAUGAAGGAUGUUCAAAAGGACUUGUCCGAGUGCCAAUCUGAGUUGGAGCAGAGCCAGAAGAGUUUGGAACAAUGCAAGAAGCAAAUUGAGGUUGAGAAGAGGAAGUUGUCUGAAGAAUUGAUGCAGGACUUCCAAGAACAAGUCUUUAUGACAGAGAGCCAGCAAUACACCGUUGGGUAUAGCGAUUGCUCCAAGGGGAGACGCCACAGGCUUGGAUGGACUUCGGAGCAGGUUGAAGUGUUUGCUGAUCAGCUAUACUUUAGUGACAUGGAGAAGGAAGGAGACUGAACCAGACUUGCAUAUAAUUAGGUGAUUACUAGUCUCAUUCGCAUUUCAGAGCAGAAAGUCUGACGAUAUUUGGGACCAUUAGUUAAGAUUGACAUGUACCAACAGAGGGCAUCUACCAUCUACCAACAGAGACCAUCUACCAUUUUAGUCAUGAUCACAAAACAUACAUAAUAUAGGGCACUCUUGGCCAAUAAGUUUCAGUUGGCUUGAAUGCUUGAUCAAGCUUAGCUUCCUAAUAUCUUACAGUUAUUGUCUAUUAUAUAUCAAACAUAAGCUUGCUAAAUGCAAGAUAGCUACUCCAAAAGACUCCCCUUAGGAAAUUAUAUAUCGAUUUUCCAUCUUCAGCAUGUGUCAUAUGUCUAGCUCGUUACCUUAAAUCUCCUCUUUUCCAGAUUCAAUAUCACAUUUUCCCUCGAGUUU